AUGAGCUCCCCAGCGGCGGCCGUGAAGGUGAUCGGCGCAGUGGACAGCCCGUUCAGCCACCGCGCCGAGAUCGCUCUGCGCCUGAAAGGAGUCCCUUACGAGCUCAUCCCAGAAGACCUGAGAAACAAAAGCGAGCUGCUUCUGGCCAACAACCCCGUCCACAAGAAGGUUCCGGUGCUCCUCCAGGGCGACCGCGCCGUCUGCGAGUCCCUCCUUAUCGUCGAGUACGUCGACGAGGCCUUCCCUGGCCCACCCCUCCUCCCCGCCGACCCCUACGAGAGGGCCAUGGCCCGCUUUUGGGCCAGCUUCAUCGACGGCAAGUGCUCGAAGGCCUACUGGCUGGCGCUGUGGGCGGAGGGCGAGGCGCAGGAGGGGUUUGUGAAGGAGACAAAGGAGAACUUCGCGCUGCUGGAGGCGCAGCUGGAAGGGAUGCGGUUCUUCGGCGGCGACGCCAUCGGUCUUGUCGACAUCGCCGCCUGCUGGUUGGCACACUGGCUGGGCGUCUUCGAGGAGGUCGCCGAGGUGAGACUGGCCACCGAGGACGAGUUCCCUCGCCUCUGCCGCUGGGCCAAGGAGUAUGUGUCCGGCGAGAAGGUGAGGGCGUGCCUGCCGGACAGGCCGCAGCUGCACGCCCGCUUCGCUGCCAACAAGGGGAUGUUCGUCGCCAUCGCCAAGUCCAUGCUGCCGCCCAAGUAG